AUGACGAGAGUGAAGAAAGGGCGAGAGGUAAUGUUUCCUGGAAAGCUCAUGAGCAUACUGGAAAGUGCUGAAGCAGAAAAGUAUGAUCACAUUGUGGCUUGGUGCCCCAACGGAAGUGCAUUCACGGUUCGAGAAAAGGACCUCUUUAUCCAGCAAAUCUGUUCGGCACAUUUCAAACUAACAAGGUGGAGAAGCUUUGCGAAACAGUUGAACGAUUGGGGCUUCCUUCGAGACAGAAAGAGAAAUUCGUCAACUUUCAGUCAUCCAAUUUUCCGCCGCGGAGACCCAGAAUCGCUGACUCGAAUGAUACGCACUGACAGUAAGCAGAAGAGGGAGAGCUGCGGCCGGACUAGUGUCAAUAAGAUAGCAGGGCGAGAUUGUGGUAUCCCGCUCACCUCUGAGGAAUCACAAAAGGAAGAAAGUAACGAAUCGUCGUUCUCUGAUGAAGACGGGGAGGGAUCCAUUGACACUGAAACUGAGUCUGCUUCUUGCACAGACGAAGAGUCAGAAGCGGGGGAGCCUACAUCACCUUUUCGAGCAAUCUCCGCUGUAUUCAGUGAGAGUUAUAUAACCGAAGAAGAUUGCCCAAUGGAUCUUGAACUGGGCAUCCAUCAACUUUAUCAAGACGCUGGAGAAAUUGUCACCGAGGCGUUUUCGUCCAACAGACCAUCCGAGGCAGAGUCGACACGGAAAAAUAGUGAGAAAUCGCUUUGUGAAGGAAAAGUAGGCUCCGAGUGGGUAUGUGUCGGUGACGAUUCGUUAAUUCUUUCUGACUUGGGGACUGGGCAGGCAAUUUAG